CCGCCUGCCUGGCCCGCGACCCGGCACGGCCACAUGGCUCCGCUCUGCGCGCUGCUGUCCUGCCUGCUGCCCUUGCACUGCGCGCUCUGCGCCGCCGUGGGCAGCCAGACCCCAGAGCUGCGCCUCUCUGGGAAGCUCAGUGACUAUGGUGUGACGGUGCCCUUCAGCACAGAUUUUCGGGGCCGCUUCCUCUCCCACGUGGUGUCUGGCCCAGCAGCGGCCUCCAAGGGGAGCGUGGUAAUGGACAGGCCACCGUUGCACUCCAGUCACCUCAGGGUGGCUCGCAGUCCCCUGCACCCAGAAGGAGAGACCCUGCAGCCUGGCCAGGUGGGGCGCCACUUUCUCUACUUCAACGUGACCAUUUUUGGGAAGGAGCUGCACUUGUGCCUGCGUCCCAACUGGAGGUUGGUGGUGCCGGGAGCCUCCGUGGAAUGGCAAGAGGAUUUUCGGGAGCUGUUCCGUCAACCCUUGCAGCAGGAGUGUGUGUACACUGGAGGUGUCACUGGAAUGCCCGGGGCAGCUGUUGCCAUCAGCAACUGUGAUGGAUUGGCGGGCCUCAUCCGCACAGACAGCUCCGACUACUUCAUCGAGCCUCUGCAGCGAGGGCAGCAGGAGACGGAGGCCAGCGGGAGGACCCAUGUGGUGUACCGCCGGGAAGCCGUCCAGCGGGAGUGGGCAGAACCUCACGGGGACCUUCACAAUGAAGCCUUCGGCCUGGGUGACCUCCCCAACCUGCUGGGCCUGGCAGGGGCCCGGCUUGGCGAAACGGAGCGGAAGCGGCGCCAUGCCAAGCCCGGCAGCUACAGCAUCGAGGUGCUGCUGGCGGUGGAUGACUCCGUGGUUCGCUUCCACGGCAAGGAACACGUGCAGAACUACGUGCUCACCCUCAUGAACAUCGUGGAUGAGAUUUACCACGAUGAGUCCCUGGGGGCCCACGUGAACAUCGCCCUCGUCCGCCUGGUUAUGGUCGGCUACCGCCAGUCCCUGAGCCUGAUCGAGCGGGGGAACCCCUCGCGCAGCCUGGAACAGGUGUGCCGCUGGGCGCACUCCCAGCAGCGCCAGGACCCCGGCCAUGCGGAGCACCACGACCACGUCAUCUUCCUCACCCGGCAGAACUUUGGGCCCUCAGGGUAUGCGCCUGUCACUGGCAUGUGUCACCCCCUGAGAAGCUGUGCCCUCAACCACGAGGAUGGCUUCUCCUCUGCCUUUGUGGUGGCGCACGAGACCGGCCACGUGCUCGGCAUGGAGCACGACGGGCAGGGGAACGGCUGUGCGGACGAGACCAGCCUGGGCAGUGUCAUGGCGCCCCUGGUGCAGGCUGCCUUCCACCGCUUCCACUGGUCCCGCUGCAGCAAGCUGGAGCUCAGCCGCUACCUCCCCUCCUACGACUGCCUCCUCGAUGACCCCUUUGAACCCACCUGGCCGCAGCCCCCGGAGCUGCCCGGGGUUGACUACUCAAUGGAUGAACAGUGCCGCUUUGACUUCGGCACCGGCUACCAGACCUGCUUGGCAUUCAGGACCUUUGAGCCCUGCAAACAGCUGUGGUGCAGCCACCCGGACAACCCAUACUUCUGCAAGACCAAGAAGGGGCCCCCGCUGGAUGGGACCGAGUGUGCACCAGGCAAGUGGUGCUUCAAAGGUUACUGCAUCUGGAAGUCGCCGGAGCAGAUUUAUGGCCAGGAUGGAGGCUGGAGCUCCUGGACCAAGUUUGGGUCAUGUUCUCGGUCCUGUGGGGGUGGAGUGAGAUCCCGCAGCCGGAGCUGUGACAACCCCCCCCCAGCCUAUGGAGGCCGCCUGUGCUCAGGGCCCUCCUUUGAGUACCAGGUCUGCAACAGCGAGGAGUGCCCCGGGCCCUACGAGGACUUUCGGGCCCAGCAGUGUGCCAAGCGGAACUCCUACUACACCCACCAGAACACCAAGCACAGCUGGCUCCCCUACGAGUCUGAGGAUGACACCCAGAAGUGUGAGCUCAUCUGCCAGUCGGCAGACACGGGAGACGUGGUGUUCAUGAACCAGGUGGUCCAUGACGGGACGCGCUGCAGCUACCGGGACCCUUACAGCCUCUGUGCCCGUGGCGAGUGUGUGCCCGUUGGCUGUGACAAGGAGGUGGGGUCCAUGAAGGCUGAUGACAAGUGCGGGGUCUGUGGCGGUGACAACUCCCACUGCAGGACUGUGAAGGGGACCCUGGGCAAGGCCUCCAAGCAGGCAGGAGCAGCUGUCAAACUGGUGCAGAUCCCGGCAGGUGCCAGGCACAUCCAGAUCGAGGCGCUGGAGAAGGCCCCCCACCGCAUUGUGGUGAAGAACCAGGUCACGGGCAGCUUCAUCCUCAACCCCAAGGGCAAGGAGGCCACAGGCCGGACCUUCACCGCGCUGGGCCUGGAGUGGGAGCACACGGUGGAGGACGCCAAAGACAGCCUCAAGACCAGUGGGCCUCUGCCUGAAGCCAUCGCUGUCCUGGUACUGCCCCCCACUGAGGGUGGCCCCCACGGCAGCCUAGCCUACAAGUAUGUCAUCCACGAGGACCUGCUGCCACUCAUCGGGAGCAACAAUGUGCUUCUAGAGGAGACGGACACCUAUGAGUGGGCGCUCAAGAGCUGGGCACCCUGCACCAAGGCCUGCGGAGGAGGCAUCCAGUUCACCAAAUAUGGAUGCCGGCGAAGACGCGAUCACCACAUGGUGCAGAGACACCUGUGUGACCACAGGAAGCGACCCAAGCCCAUCCGCAGGCGCUGCAACCAGCACCCGUGCUCUCAGCCUGUGUGGGUGACCGACGAGUGGAGUGCCUGCAGCCGGAGCUGUGGGAAGCUGGGGGUGCAGACCCGGGAGGUGCACUGCUUGCUGCCCCUCUCCAAUGGCACUCGCAAAGCCCUGCCAGCCAAGGUGUGCCCUGGUGACCGUCCUGAGGCCCGGAGGCCCUGCCUUCGCGUGCCCUGCCCAGCCCAGUGGCGGACAGGAGCCUGGUCCCAGUGCUCGGCCACCUGCGGAGAGGGCAUCCAGCAGCGGCAGGUGGUGUGCAGGACCAACACCAACAGCCUUGGCCAGUGUGAGGGGGACAAGCCAGACACUGUCCAGGUCUGCAGCCUGCCAGCCUGUGGAGGAAACCUCCAGAACUCCACAGUGAAGGCCAAGGAGCCUGUGACUCCAGAGGGGCAGUGGGCACCACAGUCAGGGCCGUCACCUCCCACGAACAGGAUAGCAUCAGUGGAGCCCUGUGCGGGGGACAGGUCCAUCUUCUGCCACCUGGAAGUGCUCGGUCGCUACUGCACCAUCCCUGGCUACCACCGCCUGUGCUGCGAAUCCUGCACCAAGAAGGCCUCGGGCCCCGCCACUAGCCCGGACCCCAGCCCAGCCUCACCUCCUCCGUUCUCCACUCCUGGGACCUCCUUACCAGAACCCAAGGCCACUCCGGAGGCUGUGGAGCCCACCAGGGGGCCGGGAGAGUUGGACGACCAUCAGCAAGGCCGACCCACCCAGCUCCCGGGACCACGGGACAGGGGCUCCUCAGCCUCCCAGACUCUGAGCCCUAGAGCAUUUGGGGGCACCUCCCCUACCACUCCUCAGGGACCACCUUGGGGCUGGACCCAGCCACCUGUGCCAGCCUCUGAGGGCCCAGGACAGUCCAGGGAGGAACCAAGGCAUCCAGGCACUGGCCUUCCUGCCACCUCCCCGGUGACAUGAGCCAUGCCACACCCCUCCGGCCAGUCAUGUUUACACUCUGUGUGCUGCCCCAGUGUCCCCAGCUCAGAGGACACACCCUGAGGGACAGGGGCAAGCGCAGGCUUCCUUUUUUAAGUUAUUUGCCUUUUGGUUCUUGUUUGGGGCCGUGAGGCUCUUUCCCCCACGUUGGGGGGUGGGAUACCUCAGCCAGCCGGGCCCAGACGGGACCUCUCAGGGCCUCCUGCGGUUGCUCCCGCCAGGACUGAGGGUUGGUAACGGUCCCUCCCCACAGCCCUGGGCCCAGGCAGGACCGAAGCCCAUGCUGGGAGCUGUAGGGCUUCUGCUUUCCUAGGGCUGCUGGGGCCCCCGUGCAGGCCCCAGAAAGGCAGAGUGGGGCCGAGGGAAGUUGGGGGGCUCCUCCGAGGGCAGGCUGAGGAAGGGGCCAGGGUGAGCCUGGUGGGGAGGCUCCCUGCUGCAGGGUGGCAGGCGACAAGUGCGUUGGUCUCAGGUCCAGCUCCCCUUGCAGCUCCCCUGGCUGAGGCCAGGCAGAGGCCACUCACCUCUGCCAGCUGGAGAGCAGCACUUGUGGCCACACUGUGUCUCUGCGGAUGUCACUUCUAUUUAUGGUGACUCCAGGUUACAAAUUGGCCUUGCAAUUGCAUACCCAGAUGUCCAGAGAAGAGGGCCCAGGGCACCCUGACCCCACGUCCUCAUCAGGAGUCUCCAAACUGGUGCUUGAUCCCUGGCGAGACCAGGAACGGCGACUUCAGUCCUCACUCCAGGGUCUGGAGGGCCUGGCUUGGGACACGGAGGAGACGGGAUUUCCUAGGCCGUGUCCCUCCGUCAGAGCCCACUCCUCUGGAGUCAGGGGUCUCUCCCACCUGACUGGAGCUCAGCCAGAGGCCUGGUGCUCCAAGGGGCUCCCAGGCGGAGAGAGUCCACCCAGCCAGGCUCUGGGGAUGACAAGACCAGGAUGCCAGCUCUGUCCCAUGCUGGGGUGGGGGGACACAUCGACCCCUGGUGCUAUAGGGCCUCAGUCAGGUCAGCAGCCUCCUGGCCACCUCCAAGGGGCAGGUACCAGUCCUCGGCCCCUUGGCUCUCAGGUUUUCAGGCUGUUCCUGGGGGUCCUCACUCCAAGGUGCUGGAGGGUCUCUCUCAGACCCUUCAAGGGGAAGAGGUGCUUGUGGGUUCAUGCCUUCCCCGGCUGGUGGGAGGGGAGCACUGGGCCCUGACCUGGGACCUCCUGGAGAACAGAAGCUCUGGGGGGUCCCCUCCAUAGACUGCUGGGCACACGCCGAACAUUCCUGUGAGAGCCAGCUGGGCCUGGGUUGGGAAGUGUGAGCCCCUGGCCUGGGAGGUCAGGUCUUCACAGUGUCGUGUAUUUAUUAACAUUGCUCUUGGUGAUUUGUUUUAACCUCCCCAAAAGUGCUGGUGUGUGUGUGUGUGUGUGUGUGUGCUUUUUUCCUCUGUUUUGGAGGAAGGAGACAGUGAAGCCAGCUCUCAGGCUGGGCUGUGGCAAGAUCUGGGGGUGGAGACAGGGAGGGGACCUGAUGGAGCUGCGCAGCCCUGGGCAAAGCACCACUCAGAGGGUGGUGAUGCCUGGGAGGUGGUUUGGGGCUCCACAGUGAGAUAAGUAUUUAAAUGGCCAGAGCUUUCCAAACCUGCAUGAGGCGGCUUCCUUGAAAGGUGAUGCACACUCUUUCCUUGGGAGGGGUCCCGGCAGGAGUGGAUUCUAGGUGAGCCCGCUAUGCAAUUUAAAAGUGCCCUUCCCACCUCACCCCGCCCUGCCCGUGUCAGACAUCACUAAUCAGUCACCACACUGUUUCUCUGCACAUACACAGUUCCCUUCUUAACACUUCACUCUAACUCUUGAUCCAAAGAGUAGAGAGACCCUUGUUCCCAGAGCACAUGCCCCUUCUCUUCCCACCUCCAAGUACUGAACGUGUUUGUGGACAACCCAGACCUCAUGGCCAAGUGCCAUUUACAUCCUUCAGCAGACAACCCCUCCUUGAGAGCUACCUGUUUGCAAAUGGUGGCCACAUGGGCCUCAGAGAACGCAUGUGGUGACCCAGUCACACCCCAAGGGGACUGACGUUGGAAGGUGCUGGCAUAGGACCCUGAGGCUGCCUCAGGAUGGCUGAGGCAGGAAAUUCUGUGGGCCUGCUAAGAUGGAGAACAUGGGCCCUGGAUGGGAGUGUCCCUUGGCCCAGUACAAUUUCUGCCAUAAGAGGUCGUAUGGGCGGAUGGGGGCCUUCUAAGUGCCCCCGUAGCCCAGCUCUAACAGCAGUGCUGGUCCAUUGCCUGGGCAGGGACAACACAUGAAAACCCUAUGCUGAUGUGUCUCCCAUCUUGUGCCCAAGGCAGACAUUGCCAGUCCAUCACUGCGCUCUUCCCUCCCGAGCCAGAUUCCCCUAAGAAUCCUUUUUUCCCAUAGUCCUCUGGGCAGUGACCACUGAUCAUUGCUAUUGUAGGGACAAGGAGCAAGGGUGGUGGGUCAGAAAUUUAUAUUUUAAAGCACUGGAAACCCUCACUAAUUAGCAUCUCUGGCGGAAGCUUAACAUCUAGAAGCAGAGCUGCAACAUGGGCAUGGAGGAAGAAGAUUCUAGAAGCCAUCCUGAGGAACUGCCCUGGAGCUCCAGGCCCACGGAGCCCAGUAUGGGGAGGAGACAUUGCCUGGGAACUUCAGGACUCUAGCAUUUGGAGGGCCCGGGGCCCCUCUGUUCAUCCGAAAGAGAAGAAUGAAAGCAUUUAUUUGCCUUGCCUCUCUGUGGAAGAACCAAGAUAGAGAGACAGCAAAUGCAGGCUAUUAUGGUGUCGUGGGUGCCUCCUGGGGUGGGAUGGAUCAUUGGGUUUUCCUAAAUAGGGAUUACGGAUCCAAUCACCUUGGGGAUAGGGGAACUUGCCCCAGAGCCCCUGACCUCAGCCUGUGGGGUCCUCUCCCUUCUCCAAUCUCUCUUUGGCCCCCCUCCUGUAGCUCCAAGGUGUUGGGCAGGCAGCCUGGGCCUUGGGACCCUGAUGGCAGGUUACCUACACCCUGCCUGAGGGCAGGGGAUGUGGCUCAUCAGCUGAGCGUGGACCUAGCAUGCACAAGGACCUGUGUGUCCACCCCCAGCACUGAGAAAAACAAAACAAAACAAACAAAAAACCCUCACUCUACCUUAAUAAUGAAUAAAACCUGAUAACCUACAAAGUUCUCUUUGAGACCCUCAGAACUGAGGUUAUAAAGCAAGCAAGUAAACUUAAUUCCAAAGGGUGACAAGGACACGGGCAGCGUUGCCCUGCCUUAAGAGGUCUGCACGCUAUUAUGGUGUUUCUUACCUGCCUUAAGAGCAGGUAAGAAGAUCCACCUGAAAUGUUGAUAGAGGUUUAAUAGUAAAUGUGUCCUUUAGAGACAUUGGCAGCCCCUGCCACGAGAGGAGUCUGUGCCCAACCGUGGCUCUCCUCUGCAGGCCUAAGAAAAAUAUAAGUCAGGACAGGAGGCCCGGGACAGUCCUGGCCUUCUUGAGACCCUGACCAAGUUUCAGAGGGAAAGUUUAAAAAGCAAUAUCCAUUUCCAGGAGCACCACGAACAGCAGACACGGGUAUACCCAAAUCUCUGCAGCAUCACAGAGAACGCUGCACUGAAGAGGGUGAUUGUCGACAUUACAGUAGACCGUGUUCACAAGUCAGCAGCCCUGCUGUUGUUAGGAUGCAACGCUUCCCCAGGUGAUCGAGGUGCAGAAUGGGCCUCCCUUACCCGGGCCUCCACUAAGGCUGUCUUCUUCGUCCAGCAGGCUUCUUUGGGACUUUGGCCUGUGACUUCAUUUGGGUCUCCCUAACAAGCCCUGUGGGCUCUUGGUGGGAGAGGAUAGGAAGGGCUGGAGCGCAGCGAGGACUCGCCUUCCCAUUCCUCCAGUGGGAGAAGACGGGCAGCUGAGCCUUGUCCUGUUCCUGGGGAGCAGCCUGGUCUCCAAGGGGCAGUUUGGCCUCUGGACUCUUUCUUUUUGUAAACCACUGGGUUUGGUGGCAGGGGAAGCAGGGACAGCACAGAGUCUGCAUCACCUGACCUGGAACUCUGUGGGAUCUUCUUAGAAGCCCCUAUUCCCUACCUGGCUUCAGGUGCCUGAGGCUUGGGCAAAGGUGGGGACACCCAGGGUGGAGGGAUGAGGAAGAGAAAGGACAGGUAAGAACGUAGCUGGUCAGUGCCUGGGGACCCAGCUGUCACUAACUUGAUAUCUCCUGGGCCUGUACCCCACUUUCUUCUCUCUUUUAAAAAAUUAUGAAAAAAUUACAUAUUUGUGGCUGAACGUGGUGGUGUACACCCAUAAUCCCAGCAGCUCUGGAGGAUGAGGCAGGAGGAUUGUAAGUUCAAAACCAGCCUCAGCAACUGAGCAAGGCCCUAAGCAACUUAGAGAACCCCUGUCUCAAAACAAAACAAAAAAAAUUUUAAAGGACUGGAGAUGUGGUUCAGUGGUUAAGCACCCCUGGGUUCAAUCUCUGGUACCAAAACAACAACAAAAGCCCAGGAAAAAAAAUUAUGUGUUUAUUAUUGACAAAAUUUAAAACUUGAUGAUAAAAAAAUCAAUUUUUUUUUAAUCUAGCAAAAACCACAUUAACAAUUUGAUCACCCUUCUAGAUACGUGUGCUUAGGUGUAUGUUCAUACACACACACACACACACACACACACCAACCAGCUAUUAAGGCCAUCAGCAACUUGUCUCCUCCCCCCACCACUGCACAAUAAUAUAAGGACACAUUUCCACCCUGAAACAAGUCGAGCUGCAUCUGCAAUUCUAAUGACCACACAGUACCUUACCCUAUGGCUAAGUGAUCAUUUAUUUAACCCAAUCCCCUAGCACUGUCAAUUUAGGUUAUGUCACAAUUUUGGUAUCAUAAACAGUGGGGUAGGGAAAACUUUUAUCACACCUAAGGAGAGUUCACCGGGUGCAGAAUGCACCAAAACUGCAUCUCAAAAUUACUCCAUAUGUGUUUCCAAACUGCCUCCUACAAAUUGUUGUUCAGAUUGUAGUCUCUCCAAUGGUGCAAUAACCCCAAACAUGGAAAAGUUUUAUUUUUAUCUUCUCUCAAAACACCUACAGAAGAAGACCUGGGCAUCCGAACAGAUGCUAUUUCCAGAACCUUGUGAAUUUGCCAUCUGCAUGGCAAGAAUUGGCAUUCAUGACCAUGUCCCCAGGAGCUGGGACAUUCCAGGGCUUUCUGAAUCCUCAGCAUCAGCUGAGCUCCCCCAUGUGUUGGGCAGGAUGCAGGAGGUGGAGCACGGUCUGGGAAGGAGGCCGUGGCUGCCUCCAAACCUGCAAGACGGGGGACAACCACCUCUGGCCUGAUCUCCAGCCGUGAAGGCUCCAUGGAGGUGGCUGUGACAGCCUUUGUAAAUGUUCCCUUUCCCCCGUAUAACAAGUUGUCAGGAAGGUGGCGUGGUACUAGUAAUGUGGCUUUUGUUCUAGAUUAAUUCCAGCACUGGGGAACACAUGCUGAUGUUAUAUUCAGCAGAGACUUGUGCCAGGCACUAUGUUAUGCCCUUGACCUAAUGUUUCACUAGAUUCUUACCAUAACCCUCGAAGUUGGUAUUCUUAUUGUCCCCAUUUCCCAGAUGAAGAAACUGAGGCUCAGAGAGAUUGGGCCACUUAUCUAAAGUCACACAGCCAGAAGAGUGUAGAGCUAAUCUCCAUAUUGUCAGCUAGGGAGAGACCACACAGCUGACAAAAUACACACCUGGAACUCUGUACGGAGGACAGCCCCUGCUACCUAGGAAGUGACAGUGUUUGCAAAAAGAACAAGACCUGAGGCUCCCAGGACAGAAGACAGUGCCAAAUCUAAUGUUCUGGCUGGAAACCGCUCCAAGAAAAGAGGGAGUGGCCGAGCCUGGCUCUGGAGCCAUGGAGUCUGCCCUCCUUCCCCUCGGCCAAGGAACCACAGCACUGGCCACUAGACAAAAGCUGAGCCGUCACCAGACACUUUUUGCAAUGGCUGAAUUGUUCCCCUGCUCAUUUCCUGUGACUUACAACGCAAUAAAACACAGUUCACAGAUCACCCUGCUGUGAGUGCGGGCAAAACCCUUCCCCUGGCCGGGGCCCAGCUGCUUCUAUAAAACAGUGAUUGACUGGAGGCUCCCUGGGCCACGGGGCCAGCCGGGACAAGGUGGGAAGCACUUGAGCUGCCUCGGUGGGGCCUGGAGGCCAGGGUGCAUGAGGGCAGUGCGUCAGGGAACGGGUGCAGGGGGCUGGACACACCAGGGCCUGCUGGGAAGGGCAGGUCUGCCAGCAAGGCUCUCCUACACCAGUGACCUUGUAAAUGAGGAUGGGGACUGUGGUGUCCACCUCGGCUGAGGCCUUGAGGAGCAAGGACCAGGUGUUUCUGGGGCUUCGUUGGAAGACCCAGCUAAUGAUUUUCUUCUUUUUUUUUAUUUUAUUAACUUUUUAAUUUGUUUUGAUUAGUUAUCCAUGACAGUAGAAUGCAUUUGUGCACUUUGAUGAAUCAUACAUAGAUGGGAUAUGAUAUGUACCCUCAUUUUCUGAGGGUACAUGUUGCAGAAUCAUAUUGGUCAUGUAGUCACAUGUGUACAUACAGUAAUAAUGUCUGUGUCAUUCUACUGUCUUUCCUAUCCCCACACCCCCUCCCCUUCCCUCCCAUCACGUCCCUCUACCUAAUCUAAGUGCUUCCACCUUAUUGUGAAUCAGCAUCUGCAUAUUAAAGAGAACAUUCAGCCUU